CGUACUUUAUGCCGAAACAUCAAACUGCUCUUUUUCCUCAGCCAAGAACGGGACGUUGCUAUUCAGUCCUUGUUUGCAACUUGUGGUCUGAGAAGUGGGUGUUAACUCUGUACUAAGUAUCCGUACUUCGUACAGAUGUUCCCAGUCAAUAACUGGUGAGCCCGGGUCGGCUUCCGAGUUUGCAAUGCUGGAACUUGCACAGAGACAAUGGUCUUACUACCUACCUAUCAUGAAUACGGUGUAUCCGUAUCGGUGCAGAAAGUAUGUGCAGAAAGAUUCAAACGAGUCCCUGCGCUUAUCGGGAGCUUCCCGCAACUCGGCGCACUCAUGAGCCUGGACAUGUCCGUGAACCGCGUCCAUCUCGGAGAAAGUCCCAAUUCAAUAACUCUCUCACACACACAAUACCAAAGGCGUACGGAAACACAGAGUGUGAAUGAGGCGCUUAAUCCAACAAGCCCACUCCCCCAAGUCGCCUUCCCGGUCCCAAGCAACAGACUGAGAGAAAAACUCCCGC